AUGGCGGGCCUGGACGUUAAGCUGAUCCCAGAGUUUGACGGGUCGGGAGAAGAUCACGUGGUGGACUGGAUCGAGAAAGUGGAGAUGGUCUGCACGCUGCAGACGCCGGCGGCCCCACAGGAGUGCGUGAUCCCGCUUAGGCUUAGAGGUGGUGCGCUCUCUGUGUACCGGCAACUUCCCAGCGAGGAUAAGAAGGACGCCGAGAAGGUGAAGUCGGCCCUGAGAAGGGCAUUUGCCUUGGAUAAGUUUUCUGCGUAUGAACGUUUCGCAGAGCGGCGGCUCAGGCCAGGCGAGUCCGUGGACAUAUUCCUCGCUGAGCUGGAACAGCUGGCGUCACUUUUUGGCGGCAUGACAGAAGAAGGCAUCAGCUGCGCCUUCGUGACGGGACUACCGGACAGUGUCAGGCGGUGGCACCGGCGUGAGCUGCACGCGGUGACUGUGAGCGGUGAGCAUCUGAAAUGUGUUGGCAUUGCUGAUGUGCGAGUGGCCGUACCGGGGCUGCGGCGGGUGACGGUGAGCGCGCUGGUGGUGAGGGAUAAGCCACUCGGCUUUUCCAUGAUAGCGGGCAUGGAUGCAGUGAGAGAGCUCGGUGGAGUGCUUGUCCGCUCGCCCGGUGAUGUGCACUUCGGCUGUGAGCCGGCAGGAGAGGCGUGCGCUGCGUCGCCGGUGAAGGAGGGGUCGCUGCGAGUCGACAGAGAAGAUUUCUGCGUCACCUUCGACCCGGUCCGGCGGGAGUGGACAGUGUCAUGGGAGUGGUCCGCUGGUAACCCACCGCCCGACCUGGCCGGUCACGUGGACGAGUACCCAGUGCCGGCAGAAGCGCGUGCCGAAUAUGAGGCGGAGCUAGACGACUGGGUGAAGAAUGGGUGGCUGCGAGAGUAUGAUGAGAGCGAGAUGGGUCCCCCGAAGGGGCUCAUUCCGCUGAUGGCGGUCGUCCAGAAGACAAAGGUCAGGCCGGUCAUGGAUUUCCGGCCCCUCAAUCGUCACCUGACAACUCAUACGGCAGACGCCGACGUCUGUGCAGAGCAGACGCGCAGGUGGCGGCGGAUGGGAACGGACGUGGCCUUGUUGGACCUGAAGAAGGCUUACCUUCAGAUUCACGUCGACAAGAAACUCUGGCCUUACCAAACAGUGAUCUACAGAGGAAAGCGGCAUUGUCUGACGAGAUUGGGUUUCGGCAUGAACCUGUCGCCCUCCGUGAUGAAGGCCGUGCUGGAAACUGUGCUAUCGCAGGACGCGAAGGUGGAAGCGGCCGUGUCAUCAUAUGUGGACGACAUUCUGGUGAAUGAGGCGGUGCUUCCGGCCCGAGACGUGGCUGAGCACCUGAGGAACUUCGGACUGGAGAGCAAGGAGCCGGCCGACACACUGACGAGGGUGCCGGAGAAGUGGAUGAAGGGGCGGACGGCGAACGGAGACGCCGCAGCGGUCGCCGACUCCGGCGGGGCGGCUGUCUCAGACACAGCCGCGGCCGGUGGCACCGCCUCGUCCGAUUCCGACGGAGACGCUGUCAACGCCGCGCUCGGCACGGCCGGUCCCGCGCCGGCUCGCGGAGACGGAGACGGCGAGACAACCACGUCGGGGAACGGCCGCCAAGAGGACGAUGACGCCCUAUUGAAUGAGCACACGUCACUGCGACCCACACUGGCCGGCGCCAGUUCGGCCUAG